GGUGUUAUAAUUAAGCUCCGAACUGGCUCUUCUUCACUGGUGCACAGUCUUCAACUUGAGCGACGGCGCGUGUUCCUCUCGAUCUGCCAGUCAUGAUGUUUUCCUGUCUUCUUUGUUCUUUGUUUGGCGUUAUAGUGGCAGGGCCGGUUCAACGUGCGACAUGGUGGGAAGGGAAACGUUCAUUCUUGCCAGAACAUGAUGGAGCCAGGCUGCGUCCCUCAUUCUUACACUUGCCCAUUUUCCAUCACGCGCCACACCCUCUUGUAGCAGCAGAGCUUUUUCGGCCGCUCUCCUAUAAACGUCCGCUUCCUGCCGGACUGACAGCGCUUCUGUUACCGCCCACCAGACAGCCCGAGAGCGUCCAGGAGACGGGUGCCCGGGCUGUGGACAUCUGGUGCGGUGUUGCUCAACUGUCUGUGCGCGUGGACCGCUUCCAGCUGCGCGCAUGGAGCGUGCCAUCGCUGUUCCGUCUGGGCUCGUGCCAACCAAGCAAAGUCAGUCUCCGCUUUCUGUACUUCCACUACGGACUUCUGGAGUGUGAUGGGGAGGCCAAGGUUAUCGGUGGUCAGAUGGUGUACAGCCAUUUACUGACUUAUACUCCACCUCGCCAGGACUAUGUCCUCAGAGCUGUACCACUCAACCUAUCCAUUCACUGCCAAUACAACCGCUUUCAUUAUACUUACCAAGUUGGAUUCAUACCUCAACUUCAGCAUACAACCUUUAUGAAGAACCUAAAGCCUAAACUGAGCUUCAGCCUGACUGUCUGCAAUGCCCAGUGGGAGCCCCUCCCUACAGGACACUGGUUCUUCUUAGGAGAGCAAGUGUAUUUUGUGGCCCAGUCAUCAGCUUUGUUGCCAGGGGAAAGGCUUUAUGUGGACUCAUGCUACGCCACAAGCUCCAGUGAAUCAGACAGCACACCUCGAUUGGAAAUAAUUUCAAACUUGGGCUGCAUGACAGACAGUAGAAGGGAAGGCAGCAGUUCCCAGUUCCUGUUGAGAGAAGACAGUGUGGUGAAGUUCUCUGUGGAUGCCUUCCUGUUUAAAGCCAUGUCACAAACGCUGUACCUCCAUUGUUCAAUGGCUGUUGGCCUUGCCACAUCGGUCAACUCAAAGUCCUGCAACUACAAGAAAGUUACUGGCAGGUGGGAGGAGCUGGAAGCUCAAUCCUCAGUAUGUUCCUGCUGCGACUCCAUGUGUGCUGACACACAGCAUUCUAUGAACAGCAGUCCAUACACCAUCGUCAGUCCAGGCUGGUUCAUUGGACAAAAGGGUGAAGAAAAACGCAUAAUAGAAAAUAUAUCUUUCCAAGCAGAAGAUGUUGCAAACUGGACAAAUGAAGAAAAGAAAAGUGAUGUAAAUUUGGGCAAGAACCUUAAUGUUCAGACUUUUAGCCAUUUAGUGAAAAAAGAUGAAAUCAAGAUUCCUGACAUGAUGUCUUCUACUGCCAAGAAAAUCACAUGGAGGCAUAGUAAUGCAGGCAGCUGGUCGGAAAAAAAAGAGAAGGAGAAGUUGUUUGUGCAAAAUGCACACAGUCCAGUGGCAGAUAUGGAAUCAGAUGGCAGCGUUAUGUCUGACCAGAUUAGACCACAGGAAAAUGUGAAUAAACAAGAAAUGGAAGAGGUUUUUAGAACCAAAGAUGAUUCCGAAAGUGUUUCAAGCAGCGACAAUAGUAGUUCUAACACUUCUGACGUUAGGUUUGCUACCAGUUCUGGCUUUUAUCUUAUUGGUCUUAAUAACAAUGUUUCCAUAGCUGCAAAUCCUGUCAUCAACCCUUGUACUAAUGGUGAUGGAAGAUGUAGUGUCAGAGGUGCAAUCAGACCUGAAAGGGGUAGUACAGUAAAGACUAGUAUUGCAGAGAGCUUUGCUGCAUUUUUUUAUGGGGAUGCUAAUACCAAUGAGAGUCAAUUUGAUGAGAGACUGGAGACAUUAACUCAGACACAUCCUGUGACAGGCAAUUUGGAAUUUUACCCUCCAGGUUUUAGUCAUGCCAGAAAGUUAGGAAAGAGUAGAUGCAAGUCAAAUAAGACUCCUUUUAUUAGGAGUGAGCAGUCAAAGCCUGUUAAUAAACCGGUGAAAACCAAGUCUAGCAGGAUGUCAAAGAAAGCAGGUGAUUCCUUUAGCAGCAAAAUAAUAGAUGGAGAUGAAAGCAUGCUUCAUGGUCUACAGAUUAGAGAAUCAGAGUUGGAGCACUCUGCUCACCCGACUGAGCUCAGGAACGCGAGCUAUGUAGAUGGUUUACUUUGUGAGUCUGAGUUUGAUUCUGGAAUUGAAGAAAACAAAGCUCUUCAUCUAAGUCAGUUUACUGCAGCUGCGAACAAGCAGAGAGAAACGCAUAACUUUUCUCGGACCAUUCCAAGAAAUUGCAGUGGUUCUGCAAGUUCAGAGACGAGUCCCAAUUUUAUACUGGAACUGCUGUUUCCACCCAGAGCUACCAAAUGACUGGCGCAGAGAGGGCGGAGGCAAUGCCAUGUGUGUUGUGAAGAAGCCAACUGAGAGUUUUUACGUGUGGUGGUGGGGAACAUAUCAAACAUAGUCUUGUCAAUGUAAGAGCUCAAUAGAGCUGAUGCUGUUUAUUAUAGAGCUUCCACUUUGCAAUGGCUUUUCAAUAAAGUCUUAUUCUAGUA